ACGCCGACCACCCUGCCCUUGCUCCUCAAGCCCUUCCUCACCCCCUGUCCUCCCAUCGACAAUUCAAUCGACAAUCACGACGAAAAUGGCAUGGCUGUGGUCCUCGUCGGCUCUCGCCCGCUGGCCAGUGCUCUCUCUCCACCUCUGGUUGGUGACCAUUGCUGGUCCUGCCAGUGGCUGCGUCUGUCCCGUCAAACAUCCACACUUUGCUCAAAUCACUCUGCUAACCGCUUUUUCAAGGCAAAAUACGGGUAGAGGAGCACUUGCGAAAUACUCCGUACAGGUCGAAGCUGGCAUCGGCAAGGCAAGGUCCAAGGAAGAGGAUGGAACGAAGCUAGUACCACGCCGGCUUCCCCUGUCAGGGCCGAAGAGGAAGAGGAAGGGAAAGGAAGAAACGGAUCCCGCGCGCCAUCUUUUGAAUCUCGCAUCUGCAAUUCCCUACUAUGGCCCACGAAGUACUUCGUACGCAGUAAUUACUCAAGCCAGGCCAACCGUCUGACCAACCAUCAUCCUACCCACCCUCCCUGGCC